UUUGUUAAGGUCCAUCAUGAGUGAGAUAUGGGACUCCAACUCUUCAGAAAACUGGACUCAUAUCUGGAGUGUUUAUGACACAAACCAUCAUCUAUAUUCAGAUGUUAAUAUCACCUAUGUCAAUUACUAUCUUCACCAGCCUCAAGUGGCAGCAGUCUUCAUUAUUUCUUACUUUCUGAUCUUCUUCCUUUGUAUGGUGGGGAAUACAGUGGUCUGCUUCAUUGUAAUGAAGAACAAACAUAUGCACACAGUCACUAAUCUCUUCAUCUUGAACCUGGCAAUAAGUGAUUUACUAGUUGGCAUAUUCUGUAUGCCCAUCACACUUCUGGACAAUAUUAUAGCAGGAUGGCCAUUUGGGAACACAAUGUGCAAGAUCAGUGGAUUGGUCCAGGGAAUAUCAGUUUCAGCUUCAAUUUUCACUUUAGUUGCAAUAGCAGUAGAUAGGUUCCGGUGUGUUGUGUAUCCUUUUAAACCAAAGCUCACUAUCAAGACAGCGUUUGUCAUUAUUGUCAUCAUCUGGGUCCUAGCCAUUACCAUUAUGUCUCCCUCUGCAAUAAUGUUACAUGUACAGGAAGAAAAACAUUACCAAGUAAGACUCAAUUUUCAGAAUAAAACCAGCCCAGUCUACUGGUGCCGGGAAGAUUGGCCGAAUCAGGAAAUGAGGAAGAUCUACACCACUGUGCUGUUCGUCAAUAUCUACCUGACUCCGCUGACCCUCAUUGUCAUCAUGUAUGGAAGGAUUGGGAUCUCCCUCUUUAAGGCUGCAGUUCCUCACACAGGCAAGCAGAAUCAGGAGCAGUGGCAGUCAGUGUCUAAGAAGAAGCAGAAGGUCAUUAAGAUGCUCCUGAUAGUGGCAUUGCUUUUCAUUCUCUCCUGGCUGCCCCUGUGGACUCUGAUGAUGCUUUCAGACUAUGCGGACCUUUCUCCAAAUGAACUACAUAUCAUUAACAUCUACAUCUACCCCUUUGCACAUUGGCUGGCCUUUUGUAACAGCAGCAUCAACCCCAUAAUUUAUGGUUUUUUCAAUGAAAAUUUUCGCCGUGGUUUCCAAGAUGCUUUUCAGCUCCACUUCUGUCAAAGGAGAACAAAACCCAAGGAAGCCUACCUACUAAGAGGGAAAACUAAUAUGACCAUAAACACAUCGAAUCACCUGGCUCAGGAACCUACAUUUCAAAACACACAUGGUAAAAAUUUACUUUAUAAUAAAAGUGCUGAAAAACCCAAACAGGAAUUAAUGAUGGAAGAAUUGGAAGAAGAUUCCAAAAACAAUGAGAUUAAAAGAGAACUAAAGGAGCUCUGGUAG